AUGAGAUUCAGCAGCAGCAGCAGAAUUCUUUUCUGCCUCGCCAUUGUCAUAAUCAUUGAUUAUCAGAAUGUAAAUGUCCAUGGCUUUGUUAGUUCUGUGGAUCCUCGUUGCAGGAGACCAACGGCAGUUGUGAGAUUUGUCGUGCAAGACAACAAGUCUUCUGCUCAAAGAACGACGCACGACAAUUCCAAUCAGCAGAAGCAAGAGCAGCUUCCACUUGGGCCUCCCAACUAUCUAUCCUCUCUUCCAGUUGACAAGAAUAAUGGUGCUAAACUGUUUCGAUAUGAUAACUUUGGUGUCAAGCAGGAGUUUGAAGUCUUUCAUCUUUCCAACACACCCGAAAUAUUUCUGUUGAGAAAUUAUAUUUCCACUCUAGAACGAUAUACAAUCCAAUGGAAUGGACGAAACCAUCCCAAAGAAGCAACCGUGUACGAUAGCAAUGACGCGACAUCCAAGACUAGUGGCCGAUCCAGGUCCAACGUCUCGUGGUUGCCCCCCUGGGCCGCCAAUGGGAUACCCCUGACACUGGCACGCUGUUCGGCACAAUUGCUCUUGUCGCCCGAAUUGAAGGGAUGCAACUCCAGAGGAGCAAUGGCGCUUUGCGAACCCAUGCAAUUGGUGCACUACGAUUCCAAAGGGGAAUUCAUUCUGCAUCACGAUGCCAUGGGACGAGCCGUGACGGUGUUGUCCUACCUGAAUGGAGUUGGUGGUACCUGGUUUCCCCUGGCCAACUUGGACAGAAAGUAUGGACCUAUUCCUCGAAACAAGCUGGAUACCUUGCAGAUGAUCGAAGAACUUGAUCUAAAACCUGGAAAAGAUGGGUUGCUCUUGGCAACGGCGGGACAUCAUGAUGGUCUAGAGGAGGAAUACGAUAAUGAUUGCAUUGUACAUAUACACCCAGGAGAUACAGUGGCAUUCUACAAUUACAAUGGACCAAACAACCAAGUCACGAAUGACGAAUCCAGGGAUCUAUGCGACGUUGACUGGAGUGCGAUUCAUGCAGCCUUGCCGGCCAAGGAAGAAAAGUUUAUAGCGACGCUCUGGUAUCAGGGGGGUCCUCUAAUCAGGCGCCCAGAGAGUAGUGACGGAUAA